AUGUUUCUGUACCAGCUAAUCAACUUCAUCUUUGUCUCUUCCCAAAAAGAGGAGGAGAAAUCCCAGUAUGACCUGUCUCUGUACAAACGUGGUGAUCUCUUAGAGGUCCCCAGGACAAUGUUCACACACUUUGGUAUCUACUUGGGGGACAACCGCGUGGCUCAUCUCAUCCCAGACAUCCUUCCUGUGAUUUCCAAGGAUAAAUCUGCUAUCUCCACGGUGGUGACGAAUAUUCGCCUGCUGCUUGGGGUCAUUGCUAAGAUUGCAAGUGUGAGAGUGGACAAUGUGUCAGAUUUCGGGUUUGGCUCAGAGAUUCUUGUCAACCGCAUGGACAAGGUGUGCAGCCAGCCUUCUCUGGACGGGGAUGAGGUGGCCAGACGGGCGGAGAAACUGAUGGGCUCGGUCACCUACAGCUUACUGUGGUACAACUGUGAACACUACGUCAUGUACUGCAGAUACGGCAUGGCUAUCAGCUACCAGACUUAUCAGUUCUGCACAGCGGUGAGGAAGAUCGUCUGCAGCAGGAUGAGUUCUUAUUUGACUGCACUGUGCGGCAUAGGAGCCAUGCUGUAUGUGGGCUCUGCGACACCACUGACAGUUUUACUGACCGUGCUCAUCUCAUUCACCAUCUGGAUGGCAGCCUAAAGGCCCCAUGUGAGAAAGACUGAUAUAACGCACUGGUGGAAGCUGGAGUGAAGCCUCAUGGUUUAGCUUGGUGUCUAAAGUCAUUUGGAAAAACUGCUCUCAAUUGAAAAAAAUGUCACUUUACUUUUUAUGUUCUUUGAAUAAUCAUUGCUUUUUUAUCUAACAACUGAUUUUUUUUGUUUGUCUUUAUAAUUUCUGUCUUUUGUGCUGUUUUUUUUUCAACUUCUAGAUUGUGUAUUAAUGUUCACUUGUUACACUUUAACUUCACUUGGAUUGGCACAUUUGAAAAUGCCUGACAACCAAGAUGAAGGUCAACAGAGAUAUUUUGAAAAGAAAAGACUGCAUUUUAAAGAUGGAUGUGGUAUCAAAUAGUGUUUUUUUUUUAAGUUUAUCCUGCUCUGGCAAAAAUGUUUGGCUCUGAUAACGUGUGAUAAGAUUGUAACAAAAAGCACAAUCACCCUUUGAUAUAUCCUGAAUGACAAAUGUCAGAUGUUUUUGUCAGUAUA